AUGUCGUGUUCAGCCUGUUACAGUGGGCACGAUCAUGCAGGACCAACUACUGGGUCCGAGGCCACUAUGUUCGAACUCGAUGUUUAUAUCACAGAACCACCUGAAUCCUCAGCCGAACGUUCUCAGAAUGUUAUCGUCCUGUUCUCCGACGCAUUCGGCUGGAGCACGACCAACUUGCGACGACUUGCAGAUUCGUACGCACGUCGAACCGGCUGCCGUGUUUACCUGCCCGACUUCAUGUAUGGUGGUGCGCUUCCUGCUUGGGUCAAAUCCCACAUGGAUCGCAUCACCGGUAAGAGUUCAGGUAUCCGGGACUACAUGAUGAAGCCUAUACUCAUGAUACAAGCUGCUUACUACAUUAUUCCCUUCUUCAUCCGCAAUCCGGCCCAUAAGAGGUACGGCCUCGCGGUGGAUUUCGUGUCCAGAUUACGGGCUCAGUUGCCCACAGGGGCAAAGAUCGGUGCUGCUGGGUUCUGCUGGGGUGCUUAUGCGACGACGCACUUGGCCAGAUGCGAUAAUAUCUCGAAUGGCAAUCUGCCGCUCAUUGACGCAGCAUUCACAGCUCACCCAAGCGAAGUUAAGGUUGAUGACUUUUCUGGCAUCAAGGUUCCUUAUAGCUUGAUCAUCGGAGAUAUCGAUUUCGCGAUGAAAAUCGAGGAUGUGAAGAAGGUGUCGGAAAUUCUGGCUUCGGACACGACCUUAGCGAGUGAGGUCGUGGUGUUGCCCGGUGCACGACAUGGGUUCGCUGUAAGGGGCAAUCCGAAUGAUGCAAGUGAGAGGGAGAUGGCCGAUCAGGCAGAAGAUCAACUGGUCAGGUGGUUUAGCAAACAUUUACAUUGA